CACGAAGGUCGAAGCCGCUCGCCGUCGCCUCGGCGGCGCUCACGGUCGCCGCCGCGGCGCCGAUCCCGGUCGCGAGAUCGACGACGGAGCCCGCCGCCGCGACGGGACAGCCGCGAUCGACGCGACCGCGGCGGUGGUGCCGAUCGCGGAAGAGGCGGCGGCGGCGACGGACGCGGACGCGGGGCCUCGCCCGAGUACGCGCCGUACCGCAAAGACUACGAUCGCGGUCGCGGACCGCCGAGGGAUAACCGCGGCUACGGCGGCUACGGCGGCAGGGGCGGUCCCCCCGGCCCGCCCGGUCGCGGAGGCGGGGGCGACGAUCCCGGGGACGAGGAGCUUCGCGCGAAGGCGGUCGAUUAUCAGGACUUCCGCAGGCUGAAGCGCGAGAAGCUCUCGAAGACGAUGUUCAUGUGGGCGAACACGCCGAGCCCGUCGCCGGAGCCGCAGUUAGAGCCGCCGCGCGAGGAAGAGAAACCCGCGAAGGUCGAAGACGAGAAGAGCGACUCGGACGCGCCCGCGAAGAAGAAAACGAAAAAGAGAAAGAAGAGAGAGUCCCCUCCCCCGAAGAAGAAGAAGAGCGGGAAGAGACGCAAGAGAAAGGCGAAGUCGCCGUCCUCGAGCAGCAGCAGCAGCAGCAGCAGCAGCAGCGGCAGCAGCGGCGGCGACUCUUCGUCGUCGUCGAGCGGCAGAAGCUCGAGCGGUUCGAGCGACGACGACGCGGCCGGCGGCGCGGACGGACCAGGAGGCGCGGAAGGCGCGGACGAAGCCCGCAGGUUCCAGGAGUUCCUGGAGAAGCAAAAAACGCACGAGGCCGAGGCGGCGGCGGCGGCGGCGACGGCGGCGGCGGCGGCGGCGGAAGCCGGCGGGGACGACUUCGUCGGUCCGGCGCCUCCGCCGCAAGUCGUGCACGCGAGCGGGUCGGACUUUGGUCAAGCGCUGCGACCGGGAGAGGGCGACGCGAUGGCGCAGUACGUCCAGGCGGGGAAGCGCAUCCCGCGAAGAGGUGAGGUCGGUCUGUCCGCGGACGAGAUCUCCCGAUUCGAGGAUCUCGGAUACGUGAUGAGCGGGUCGCGGCACUCGAGGAUGAACGCGAUUCGGAUUCGGAAGGAGAACCAGGUGUACAGCGCGGAGGAGAAGGCGGCGCUGGCGAUGAUCAACUACGAAGAGAAGGCGCUCAGGGAGCAGAAGGUGAUGGCGGACUUGAAGAAAUUAGUCGAGGACGCCACGGGGGGCGCGGGUAACUAGCCUUGAGAAGAGGAAACACACACACUGUC